AUGGAGGGAAUUGAAUUCCAUCAUGAUGGUGAAAGUAGUUCCAGUUCAAUAAACAGGGGUCGAGAAAUUCAAUCUUCAUACAUGGGAAAUAUUAUUGAACAGAUUGAUAUGGCUUCAAGUGAACAUAUUGAGUUGUUGGAUAGUUGUGAAACUGAAAUAAUAAGCGACCCUCGACAUGAAUUUGUUGUGGAAAAACAGAUUUACAAGGAUAAAGAAACACUCAAUGCAGUUAUGAGGCAAUAUGCCUUUAUGAAGCAGUUUCAAUUUCGGGUGAAAAGGUCUGGUACAAAAAGCUAUCAUCUCGUAUGCCCUGGUGACAAUUGUUCAUGGUGUUUAAAGGCCUCAAGUCUAAAUGAGUCAAGGCUUUUCAAGAUUAGGAAUUUCUGUGAUGUGCACACAUGCUUGUUAAAGGAUAGAAUUUAUGAACAACGUCAAGCAACUUCCAAUGUCGUCAGCAUUAUUAUAAUGGAUAAGUAUGAAGAUCCAAAAACAAUAUACACACCCAAGGAUAUAUCUAGGGACAUGAGGAAACAACAUGGUGUAACAUUGACCUACAUGCAAGCUUAUAGAGCGAAGCAAAAGGCAAUGAUUAUGUUACGAGGGGAUCCCACCGACUCGUACACACUGGAAGCUUGUAUUAGAGGAUGGGAGUAUUGCAGACCUAUAGUGGUGGUUGAUGGAACCCAUCUUAAAUCGACUUACAAGGGGACUAUGCUAAUUGCUUGUACAUUGGAUCCAGGAGGUAGUAUACUGCCGCUUGCAUAUGGUAUAGUUGAUUCCGAAAAUGAUUCAUCUCGGACAUGGUUCUUUGAGCGGUUCAGGGAUGCUUUUGGUGAGAGGGAGAACAUGCGCUUUGUGUCGGACAGACAUGAAAGUAUAUGGAAUGCGAGUGCAGCAGUGUACCCUGGGCUACCUCAUUAUGCCAGUAUUUGGCAUUUGUGGAACAAUUUAAUUAAGCAAUGCCACAGAAACAAAGAGCAGAUGAGGAAAUUAUACUAUGCAAUGGCUAAGGCAUACACCCUCCAAGAGUUUAACGAAUGCAUGGGAAGGGUGACCAAAAUAGAUAGGAAGCUGAAGAGAUACUUGUUUGAGAUUGGUUAUCAUAAAUGGACACGGAUACAUGCAACAGUAAAAAGAACAUGGACACAGACUUCAAACAUAGCUGAAUCUAUAAACAAUGCUACAGUGAAUGCUAGGGAAUUGCCGGUGGCAAAAUUAUUGGAUUUCAUGAGGGAAUUGGUUGAAAGAUGGAAUGCGACGCACAAUGAAAAAGCAAAAAGAAUACAUUCACAGAUCUUACUAAAAAGUAUCAAGAAAUUAUCAACAAGAAUGGGGUAUUAUCACACCGUACGAGCUUCCACUGAAUUUCUACAUACAGUGAUUGAUGGUGUUAGGAGGUUCACAGUGUGUCUUCGAGCUAGGACGUGUACUUGUGGAAGAUUUCAACUGGAUGAGAUACCUUGCGGGCAUGCUAUGGCUGCUAUAGUGUAUAGGCACCAACAUGGAGCGGAAUAUACCUCUGCCUACUACAAUAAUAAGAAUUUCCUAGAUACAUAUGCAAUACCAGUUGUGCCUCUUCCAUGUGAAAGUACAUGGGAUAUACCGAGGCAUGUAAAGGAAGAGAUUGUGUUGCCACCAGAUGGUAAAAUACCACCAGGAAGACCAGCUACCAAACGAAUGAAACCAUUCCACGAGGGGAAAUUUAAGAAAUCAACAGUGACAUGUAGCAGAUGUGAGCUCACAUUACCUGUGGUUUGUUGGUGGACUCACUGGCUUUCACUUGUAUCUAAUAAGCACCAAUCAGAACCUGAAGCAAGAGCAGCUACACGAUUCAAAACGCCUCUCAAACCAAAUUGUAUGAAAGACGUAUCAAAUAUGAUUAAUAAACUUAAAGAUUCAUAG